AUGUAAAUAAUAACCAUCGAAAUUAAAGCUCAGAUCUGCUUCCUCCUUCUUACGGCCAUCGUCUUGGGUACCUGCGUGGAUGCCAGUCCUACCACCACAACGAAGGAGCCGCAUCAUGACGCCACCAUCUCGCAUAAGGAUCUGCACGGCGCUGCAUGGAAUGAGAAAGAAGAGGACAGGGAUUACGAGGAUCUGCACGGCGCUGCAUGGAAUGAGAAAAAAGAGGACAAGGAUUACGAGGAUCUGCACGGCGCUGCAUGGAAAGAGAAAGAAGAGGACAAGGAUUACGAGCAUCUGCACGGUGCGGUUUGGGGCCAGAAGGGCUACAAGAAGUGGUGA